AUGGCAAUGAAUGAGAAACACCUUUCCUCCCUGCCGAAACUCAACAAGGAUCAAUUCAUCGCUUCCUAUAUAAAGGCUCAAAGGGCUUUUUCCAAGCAAUACCUUUUGGAGGGCAAAGCCGUCCUGUCUUUGUGGCAAGAAAGCAAAGUGGUUGGAGCGACGGCUGAUCCUCCGAGCGUAUCGAUCCAACCACGAACAGAGGACUAUGGCUUUGGGACACCUGUAUUAAGAGCGCGUGUUCAAGAUGUGGCGCGACCGCCUCGGCUUUUGGAGUCUACCGACGACGCAACAAAUCAACGCCCACAGCGAAAACGAAAGAACUCUCUAAACAAGAGCACUAAUGGCGCUCAAAAGAUACAAAAACUGAACGGACGGAAGGAAAAAGCCGUUGUUUCUCGCAAAAAAGCCCACGACGCUGAGCCUAUGGACUUGGAAAGCAACGAGCAAGCAGCCCGGCUAGAAGAACGUCGUCAGCGUAAGAAAGCCAGGCGAGAGAUACUGAAACCAUCCAGGCAGGUCGUCGAAGAGGCAAAGAUUUCACCAGGCUCCCCUCAGAAGGCUGCCCCAAAAACCAAAGUCAAACAUCUUCUAGGAUUUGCUUUGAUGCAUGGGUUCUCCGCUACCAACGUCGGAAAAAAUCGCUUGACGAUGGAAAAUCCUCUUGGACGUCCAGGUGUAUUUGGGAAAGGAAAGGCGUCGACUAAGGCUCGGGUGGAUCCUCGAAAUGGAAAGAAAAAAGGCGCCGGCUUUUCUGAAUCUGAGUUUCUCAACGGGGUGGAUAGGCUACUUUCGAAAUCCAAACAUCGUAGAGGUUCACCAUCGGUUGUGGGUUCAGAUCCCUCUUCUGACAAGUCUAUGGCCGAUUGUGACAGUCCGAAAGGUGUGAGCCAAAAGAUGAGCAAGAUUAACAAGGCGAAAGACAAGAAAAGACUACCGUCUUUAUCGAACUCUGUUUGUAGCAAUGGAUCAAGCGAGGUUUCGAAUAAUACGGAACUGACAGGUCAAGUAAGAAGUAACCACCUUGGGGCUCGCGCGGAAUCGAUUAUCUGGGAUAUAGAGAAAGAUCCGAGUUUGGAGUUCAAAUCUAAUGCUACGUCCAGCCGUCCGAAAACUGUUGUUUUAGACACGACCGGGAAUCGCCACUGUCGUAAACUUGGAACGCUCUCUAAGCCACUUUCUGUUGCUGACGAGGCUGAACCGGAUGAAGGCAAAACCGAUACUUCAAGUCCGUCUCUAGGCCCUUCUCAGUCUGCAUCCCAACUCGGUCGUGUUUCACAUCCUGGCAUUCUGGCAAUACCUGGUGGUCCUCUUCAUUGUUCCAAAUUCUUUCGUACUUCUAUGCCGCAGCCCGUGCAGCGUCCAGCAUCCGAAAACGAAGAUCUUCGGGGGGGCACUCCGCUUGACUCACACGCUUUAGGCGUAAUUGCUCCUAGUAACCUUGGCGAGAAUAUUUCUGGGUCCCACGGAUUGCAUGAAAAGGAGUGUGCUCUGGAUGAGGAAUGGCCUUCUAGCUUGCGGAUUUCGACCCCAUUUCGAAAAAGCCCGGAGGAUACAAGUUACAACUUCGACGACUGCAAAGACGGCGGUGGCAAUGAUACCGGUGUAGACUCUCUGAUGGAGGGUUAUGGAUUUUUUGUCGACUCUUCUCGAGUAUUCGAACCUACCAACGUGGAUUGGAACUACGACUACACGUUCGAUAACUCGGAACAUGGUUAUAGCGACUUUGGAUGUGCUGCAGGCCUGCACGGCACGGACUGGAUCUACGAGCGAGAAUACGAAGAACCCGACAAGCUACUCGACUCUGAGACUGAACGGGUGGCUCUAUUCGAAGAUGAAGUUUUUCAGGAGAACAUUGUUGCAUGGCCUCAACUAGAUUACGACGAUGGACGAUAUUUUCAAGCCCAGGCUCUAGAGAUAACUUCGUACGAUGCAGACGGCUUUACGGAUUUGUCGGACCAAGCUUAUGGACAGGAAGUCAUAAAUCUUUGUUCGACCGAGAAGACAUCCCUCGACUCCCAUUCUCUAACAGAAGGUGGCGAUGGAGAACAAGCAGAUCAAUUUUUCGAAGGUCGAGCGUUACUAUUGGGAUAUGACACGGUGCCCCUUCGAACCAGAGAGCCGCAACAAGAUGUUGUGAUGACGAAAGCGGAGGCGGAAGUAGCCAAGGUGUUGAAAUAUCAUUGGCUGCCUCAAAAGCUGUAG